AUGACGACCGGGGCCGUCACGGAGAGCUUCCCGGAGAGCAGCGAGCCGCUGCUCCCGACGAAGCGGCGAUGGGAGGGAGAGGACGGCGGCGGCGACGAGGCCGCCUUCCACGAGUUCAACGGCGCCUCCUUCGCCGGCGCGGUGUUCAACCUGUCCACCACCAUCGUCGGCGCCGGCAUCAUGGCGCUGCCGGCGACCAUGAAGGUGCUCGGCCUCGUCCCUGGGCUGGUCAUGAUCGUGCUCGCCGCCUUCCUCACCGACGCCUCCGUCGAGCUGCUCAUGCGGUUCAGCCGCGUCGUCGGCGCGCCGUCCUACGGCGCCGUCAUGGGGGACGCCUUCGGGUGGUGGGGAAGGAGGCUGCUCCAGGUCUGCGUCGUGGUCAACAACGUCGGGGUCAUGAUCGUGUACAUGAUUAUUAUAGGUGAUGUGCUUUCUGGAACGUCCUCUGGUGGUGAGCACCACUAUGGUGUAUUAGAAGGAUGGUUUGGUACACACUGGUGGAAUGGGCGAUUCUUUGUUCUCCUGGUUACUACUCUCGGUGUAUUUACUCCACUAGCGUGUUUCAAGCGUGUCGAUUCACUGAGCUAUACAUCCGCCAUAUCUGUUGCUUUGGCAGUUGUAUUCGUUGUUAUCACUGCCGGAAUUGCUAUUGUGAAAUUGAUACACGGACAAAUUCCGAUGCCCAAAUUGUUCCCUGCAGUUCCUGAUUUGGCAUCUGUCUGGGAACUUUUCACAGCAGUGCCAGUUCUUGUCACUGCUUAUGUUUGUCAUUAUAACGUUCACCCAAUCCAUAAUGAACUCAAGGAGUCUUCCCAGAUCAAGCCAAUAGUGCACACAUCACUGGCUCUAUGCUCAACUGUUUAUAUCACAACAAGUUUCUUUGGAUAUCUUCUGUUUGGUGAAUCUACACUCGCUGAUGUGCUCGCUAACUUCGAUUCAAACCUCGGCAUUCCAUAUAGUUCAGUUCUUAGUGAUGCUGUCAGAGUCAGCUAUGCUAUCCACCUUAUGCUCGUGUUCCCCAUGAUAUUCCACGCAUUGCGGCUUAAUCUGGAUGGGCUUCUCUUUUCCUCUGCAAGGCCCUUAUCUUCUGAUAACAGAAGGUUUGGUGUAAUGACAGCGGUGCUCCUCCUUGUGAUUUUCAUAUCCGCAAACUUCAUUCCUAGCAUCUGGGAUGCCUUCCAGUUUACCGGGGCUACUGCUGCUGUUUGUAUUGCCUUCAUUUUCCCAGCUGCAAUCACUUUAAGGGAUCCACACAGCAUAGCGAAAAAGUGGGACAAGAUUCUGGCCAUCUUCAUGAUUGUUCUUGCAGUCACUUCGAACGUAGUAGCAGUGUACAGUGAUGCAUAUUCGAUAUUCCACAAGAAAAGUGCCUCCUCCAAUGCCUGA